AUGCAUACCGUCAGCGAAGAAUUGAUCAUUGCCGAAUUGGAGCAGCCCUGGCAGCGGGAUCAGCUGGACGAAGUGCGCACUGGAAAAGGCAAACCGGUCUUUGGCCUCCCACUCCAGUCCGCCAUCUUCAAGUCCGUCCGGUACGGAUCAGUCACCGUGGACAAGCUGGGCUGUCAAGGCGACGAGCAUGCCUACGAAUUCCAUGGCGGCCCAGACAAGGCACUGCUACAGUAUUGCUCGCGGCACUACAAUGUCUGGGGUAAAGAGCUACGCGGUAGUGAACAUCUCUUUCGCGUUGGUGGGUUUGGGGAAAACCUGGUUGCACGCAAUGCAAAUGAGCGUAAUACUUGCAUCGGGGACGUUGAUCGCAUCGGGCGCGAUGUCAUUGUCCAAGUUAGCAUGCCCCGACAGCCUUGUUAUAAACUCAACCACCGAUUCCAAGAAAAGAACAUAUCGCGACUCACCCAGGAAAAGUUUCGGACGGGCUGGUUUUAUCGUAUCCUCCACGAGGGCUCCAUUCAUGCGGGCGAUGAUAUCGAGCUGCUGGAGCGGCCGCAUCCGGAAUGGACAGUAGCCCUCGUUCAACAUUAUCUCUAUAUCGAAAAGGAGAACUAUGAAAUCAUGAAGGAACUGGCUGAGAUUGAGGAGCUGGGCAAUGAAAUUCGAGACAUCUUCCAGAACCGACUCAAUAAGAAAUUCGAAGAUCAAGAAGCACGAUUGCUGGGUGACGAUUCCAUGGCUCUCGACAUGUGGGCCGACUAUCGACUGGCGCAGAAGCGAAAAGAAACACCCGCCGUUGAAUCUUUUGUUUUCGAGGCGGUUCAUCCCAGAAUGUCACCGGAGGAAGCUCUGCCGGGAACACACGUGCGCUUGAAAUUAGGUGGUCGUCUCAUCCGAGCCUACUCGGUGGUUGGAGGCAACCAGAAUCGUUUCACCCUCGGAGUGGCCCUGGACCGAGAUGCGAGUCGAGGAGGCUCCCUUUAUCUCCAUCAGACCAUCCGUGAAGGAGAAGUGAUCACUAUCAGCAACUUCGUCGCGACGUUCCCUCUGGCUAAGGAAGCCGACCACCAUACUCUUAUCGCCGGAGGUAUUGGAAUUACGGGAUUGCUUGCAUCUGCCCUGGAAUUAGAGCGAAGCAAUGCAUCAUAUCACCUUCACUACGUGAACGCUGCAGACGAACUCGGCCUUCCCAAACAGAACAUUCAUUUCGAGUCAUUUCAAGCAAACAGCACAGGUGACCCAUUUACUGCAGAAUUGGCCGAGACCAAGAAAGAGGUGGAUGUAGGGCCGGGCGAAAGUCUGCUCGAUGCGCUCCGAUCUGCUGGAUUUGAUAUCCCAUCCACAUGCGAGGCGGGUAAUUGCGGGACAUGCCGUGUUGGUGUACGCAGUGGUCGAGUCGAACAUCGCGGUACCGGGCUACUUGACAAUGAGAAGGAUACUGCGAUGCUCAGCUGUGUCUCUCGGGGCAUUGGCCGUAUUGUUCUGGAUCUUUAG